UAACAAUUUUAUUGCAAUUGAUUACAGUAAACGUCGCUUGAAAGAAUUCGCCGAAAAUGGGUCAAAUGUGAGUAAUUUGUGUACAUACAAUGGUUUAGACAAAAAAUGAAUUAUUGACAAAAGCGCUAAAUUAACGGGACAAUGGACUUGUUUAUGAGAGCGAUAAAUUUUUAUUGCCCUUGCAGAAUUGGCAUCCUUUUGUCGAGCACGAUAAUUGGGGAUGAGAACGAUAAAACUUUCGUCGAUGGAACUGACGCACCUGCAUUUAUGGUGUGUGUUUGUUUUGAACCCAAAUUUUAAUGCUUAGGAAAGUCCGAAAUAUUUCCUACUCUACUUUAAUUCGCACCUUUUAUUAGACAAAUAAAUAAGUGAUUACAACAAUUUUUCUUAAGUACAGAUUAUGUAUAGGUACAUAAAAUAAUACUUAAUUUGAGCAACUGACAAUUAUUUUUAAAUGAAUAAUACAUAUUCGCUUCCACAGAACACUACAACUUUUUAAAGAGAGCAAUAAUAAUUUUAUUAUAACACUAACCUAUAUCUAACGGCUUCUGUUUAAACUUUUCAUCUUACAAGUAGGCACAAAGAGAGCGUUAUCUGCUUCUACAAAAUUACUUUAUAGGUAACUAACUGUAACGUAUACAAUAACGACAAUAACAUAAUAAGUUAACAAUAUUAUUUACGUUAUUUAUUUAUUUACUGAGCAUGAAAAGAAAUGUUAAACAUGACUUUCUUUGUACGGUCAUCAUUUAACUAAUUGCACACGAAUGUAUCACGUCACAAAUUUAAAGAAGAUAAUCUCGAAAGUGCUUUGUCCUUACAUUUUUAUCUGUAAAACAGUGUUUCGUUUCCUACAUAAAACUACUAAAAAUUAUGUGAAAAUUGAAAUUAAGGACUUCCAUAAAAAAUGUCAGUUAAUUUGAUAAAAUUACAACUUCAAGAAUGUCCCAGAUUCCGUGUUGCAGAAAAUAUCUCAUUUAUUACUGGAAUAUCACAAAGAGGUAGAAAACGGCGGCUAGAGAAAAUAUACUGUAAGCAUUUUUGCUCAUUAUAAACAAAUUUUAUUAGAUUGAUUUCCGUUUCAAAUUUAUAUCACACGAUAUUUUUCUUAAGUAAGUCGUUUCGGCAUUUUUCUCAAAAUGUAUUUACAUGUCACGACAUGGCCAUAAUAAAUUUCAUAAAAAAAUAAUAGAACUAUUUAAGUCUUUACUCAGAAAAAAACAAUCUAUUCAGUUUCCAAAAAAUAUUUAGGGUAUCAGUCAAAUAGUUUGGUAGAGCGGAUUUGGAUUGAAGUGACAGAACUUAAGUAACGGAUUUUUUACCACUUGAAUCACUUUUGACCUCUCUGAAGUAAAAAUCUGACAGAAUUACGUUUCUGUGAACAUUUCUUCAAUUUACUUAGUCAAAUAUACGCCUAGAGUGUAGGAGGAAACCUGUAAAAAAACCUUCCAUUUUAUGCAAUCUGCAAGUCAAUAUCCAAAUAAAUUUGAAAGAUUUUCGUUUAACGUUUCGACAAAACACUUGUUAGAGUGGAAAAACUUUGAGAAGGAGACACCAAUAAGGCGUCCCAAUCGAUGUAAAAGAGAAUUUAGGGAAAGUAACUAUACUGGUUUGAUCCGUUUGGUUUAACAGUGUUUCACUUCGUCUUAACUAAACUAACUGAACAUGUUCUUCUCAUAGCAUUUCCACUAAAGUUAUUGUAAAUACACUAUAAAAAUCCCAACUGAAAGAAGAUUAAAUUAGCAACGUUGCUUAUAUUGUUCUUCUUUAAUUCUUUUUCUUCUAUAAAAUAGCAUAGAGUAACAAAUUCUGUGAAAAUACACUACGUAUCUUUGUUUUUAAAUGGCAGUGACGAACAAAUGAAUUUUCUAACGAAGUACAUCUCGAUACGUUACAUACAUUUAAAAAGAGCACCUUCUAUUGCUUAAAUUUUACUCUUAUCACUUUAACCAUAGUAAUUAUUUUGUUCUGCAGUUUUGUUAGUAACUUUGGCGAUUUUUGACGAUCUUCUUUGUUUAGUUUUCGGUGGACAAACAUCAUAACCUUGAGGAAUACAAUUUUUAACUAGAAGAGUAGCAGUUGCUCUAUUGUUGCUUUUCACUUUGGUCACAGUGACUGUCGUUGUUUGAUAUACCCUUCUCCUAGUAUACUGAGGGAGAAUAGUUUCCAGUUGAUCGAGUCUAUCUUCAAUAAGCAUGUCUUUAAUUUCAUCCGAAGAUAAAGUCGGUGUUUUUGACUGCUUCAUAAAGGGCCUAGGUUCUUCGCUACCUUGUAAAUACAAUCCUAAUCCAUCUUCAAUUUGUUGCAAAGGUACUGUCUGUCGAAACUUCCUGUCCUUAACAAAUAACUCCUUAGUUACUAAAUUAUCAAGACUACUAGCUUGUGAAUUAAGCGAUUUGCACAUCGAUUUUUUACCACUAAUUUUAACACACACGGGAUUUUUGUACACGUACUUAGUCACAACAUUUAUCACUUUGGUUGUCAAUACUGGUGAUGGUUUAAUUGGAAUACUGCUCAAGUAAGGCAAGGAUAGCGAUGGUAAUUGAUUCAUGUAAUUAACUGGAUUGAAUAAUUUGUUGCAGUCACGGUAGGUAUUACUUUGCACGUUAAUCGUGAACAAUGUAACAACACACAAUAAAACCAGUAACAUUUUUACAAUAGAAUGAUUCGCUCGACAUUUGUGCUGUAACUGAUUGGAGAGUGAAGACUGCGACUUCUUUAUAACUUUUCCAAGUAGACCACCAGAUGCAAAUUAGAAAAUGGUACAGGCUCUCGUGUCAGAAGAAUUACGAGGUCGUGGACGCUUAUUUCGCAACACAUACACCAAAGUAGUCACCGUAUCGCAAGUGACGACAUCAUUAAUACCAUCUUCAUGUGUUCGAGUUGAGGCAACACUACCACCUUGCAGAAAUGUGCGAUAUUUGAAAUUCCCACAACUGCCAACAUUUUCUAUCAAUCGUCCCACCCAAGUAACCACAACAAAUGAAUCCGCUGUAGAAACCACUCCUCUGGGAUGGGGUGAAUAUUUCGGUCUUUAUGCUCCAACAGUGACUGUAACGACUACGGAUCUUCAUAUUUCGACGGUCCAAGAUCCUUCAGUGGUAGUUACCUUUGUUGUAAAAGGGUGCAGGCCUUUGAAGUUACCCAUGGAUCUGGACAGAUGUCCUCAGGAACAGCCACUUUCGAUUGAAGAAGCGUUGCAAACGUCGACAGUUUCACCUGUUGUAAAUACAGCUGCCCUUUUGCCAACGAAAACCAUGUCGGGAUUGCAACCAGAGAGCACUGCUGUUUUUAACGGAUUAGAUUUGCCAGAAGAGCCCAAGGUCCAAGAAAAUUCAAAUCUUCUUGAACCAUCGAUGGACGAAGUUAGGGAAAAUGGUCCUGUCCAACCAACUGAGACUCUCGUCAACACAUGAUAACCUUAACAUUAAGAAACAAAUUAUUUUUAAAGUGAUGAAAAAAUAACCUAAUUAAGUGAAAUAUUUGAUUA